CUUAAUUUUCAAAUUGGAAGAAAUCAACUGCAGGAUUAGCGCGUCAUCUGCGUGACAUGUUCUAAUACACGAUGUGGUGUGUUCGAGGAAUUUCACCUCCUGUACCCGUUUAGUCUCGUGUUAAAGUGUAGCACCGCGGGGUGAGUCGGCGGGUGGUUCGGUUGGUAAAGCGCGAAACGUUGCGGAAUGAGCUACUGUUCUCGGUGGCGCUCUCAGUAUUCGAACUGCAGUCAUGCGAAAAUAGAAUCUUUGUAGUGUAAUGGCUUCCACGAUUUUGCGGUGGAAGCGCGUGAAAGUCUCUCCGUCACCGGAGGAGCCUGUCCCUCGUCAUGGUCAUCGCGGCGUUGUCUGGAAAGAUUACUUUAUAAUCUUCGGAGGUGGGAAUGAAGGGAUCUACAAUGAGUUGCACGUCUUCGAUUUCGGUACUCACCAGUGGUUCUCUCCAGAUGUUACUGGCGAUAUACCACCAGGAUGUGCCUCACACGGCUUUGUUACUGUGGACGACCGUAUUUUUUUAUUUGGCGGAACUCAGGAAUACGGAAAACAUACGAACGAAAUGUAUGAGCUUCAAAUUCGCAAGUGGAGAUGGAAGUUCCUCGACUCUCCUUCCGGUGAAACGCCUUCCCCUCGUUUUGGACACAGUCUGACGGUCGUUGGCAAACGAAUGUUUCUGUUCGGUGGAUUAGCAAACUCAUCUGAAAGUCCCGUGAAAAAUGUCCCGGUUUAUUUGGACGAUUUCUACACUGUACAAGUAAUGCCCGUCACCGGUAUCGGAAAGUGGACCCGUGUUCGUGACUCUGGCAAGAGACCAUCUGCGAGAGAGUCGCAUUCUGCAGUAGCGUACCAAACCAGAGAUGGAAAGAACAAACUUGUGAUAUACGGCGGUAUGAACGGAGUGAGACUCGGGGAUGUGUUCAUUUUUGACGUGGAAACUACUGUUUGGAAGAAACCUGGGAUAUCCGGUCUUCCUCCUCUGCAACGUUCGCUCCAUUCUGCAGUUGUAGUCGGACACAUCAUGCACAUUUUCGGAGGCUGGGUUCCUCUAGUUAUUGAAGAUCCCUGCCACGGCAUUCGUGAGAAGGAAUGGCGGUGUUCCAACAGCUUUGCGGCAUUAAACCUCGAUACGUUGCAUUGGGAAUCAUUUGCGAUGGACAUGCACGAAGAGUCUUUGCCAAUAGCCAGAGCGGGUCACGUCUGCGUAGCUGUGGACUCACGUCUUUACAUCUGGAGCGGAAGAGACGGAUUCAAAAGAUCGUGGAACAAACAGGUUUGCUUACAGGAUUUCUGGUCAAUGGACACUAGACCCCCUGAAGCACCAUUGCUACUCAAAGCCACGAACACGGAUGCACAAUCUACUGCACUGAGCUGGACUACCGUUCGUUCCGCUGAUCGAUACUUGGUUCAAAUUCAAAAGGACCCUACUUUUUCCCAAGCGAAACUAAAAGUAGCUGUUAUUCCGAAGCAAGGAAAUGUGAUAAAACCCGUACCCGUUCCCUGCUCAUCUCCGCCGAAUAAAGAAACGCAUCCCCUCGUCGUACAUUCCCCGGAUGCUGAACCUGCGAAGAAACCGAAAGUGAUGGAAAUGCGGGUCAUUCCAGCAAAAGUUUUGAAGGGGAACCUACCGAAUCUUAGUGUCCAAAAUAUCCAGAUGACUUACUCCAGGAAAACGAUUCAAGUGCAGGAUCCCAGCCUUCAAAAUGUCUCCAUGAACGCUGUGAAAACGAAUGUUGCGCCUACUUCCGCCACACCUGCGCAACGAAUCAUUCGUGUCCUUCCGGCGACAUAUCCGACUGAACUCGGCGACGAUUCAUCGAUUCCAGUGCAUCUGGUGAAGAAGAAAGAGAAAAGCGAUGUCGCUUUGCGAAAGCCGUUAGUUAUCCGAGAUGCGAACGAAGUUGAAAAGGCUGUGGGUGACCAAAGGAGCGUUGGACGACCUUCGGAGUCUUACGACGUUGGAUUUGAUGAUUAUCUCCGACAAAAACCUCCCGUACCUGAAGGGAAUGGCACAGAUGCGGGUGUGAGUGCAUCGGCGAAUAAUGGGAAUAACGCAUCAUCGACUUCGGGUUGUUCCUCCAACGGCUUCAACUGGGACGCAGCCAUGGAGAUCUGAUGAAACAUGUGUUUUUUUUAUUGCUAUUAUCAUUUGAGAGCGAGCUGUUUUCACUUUUGAGGUCGGAAUGCUGAUUCCUGAAUCGAGAAUCGAAAUCAGUUCGUCUGUCCGUACAUUCUGUUGAAUGUUCGACCGAGAUGUUGGCGCGUUUUUUGCGCCCAGAAUUGUUGCUCCUAUUUUCAACUCCCGAAGUUUGAAGAUUCAAGUUAUUACUUCAAUUCAAAUGGUUAUUUUUGGCGUAGCUUCCCUCGUUGCGGAGACUCAAAAUGCUUCGAUUUAACGUUAGCUGCUGUCAUUUUUUUCAGGAUUUCCCGAUUUUUUUUUAUGGAGCAUUUUUUUUCUUUUCAUUUAAUACGUCAGCCCACAGGAACGGAACCAACAUAGGUUGUCAUCUACAUUACUUUGUAUUGCAGCUUCCCGGAAAUGAAGUGCGUUUCUACUCCCAUCUCGAA